AUGGGUAGAGAUAAAAUACCGCUAGUUGUUCGCGAAGCCAAAGAUACUGUGGAGAAAUUGUUUAACCAAACGGAGAAGGAACUACAGCGAACAACAACAGAAGUGAUGUUUUCGCCCGGAGAGCUUUCCUGGUCUCACUAUACUCGAGGGGACCGCUAUUCCAAAUAUCUCUCUUUCUCUGCUCUCAUUUCUAUCGAGACGUCUCGAAAGCUGUUGGAAAGCACUUCACCUGACUCCAGACUUUUUGAUGCUCUCCCAUUAAUCCACCUUGAUGGAUCAGCUAUAAAGAGUCAUUGUCCUGUGUAUGCAAUAGAAGAAUGUAUUGCUGGAAAAUACAGAACUUACUCUGGCCACUGCAACAACGUUAAUCAUCCACGAUACGGAGCAGUCUAUGAACCUUUGCAGAGAUUGCUUCCACCGGAUUAUGCAGAUAAAGUUGAUCAAUACUCUGGAUCUUCUCAUGGCAGUAUUAACUGA